ACAUUUAGAAAGUGCUUCUUCAGUGCCGCUCGUUUUUCGAGCCAGCAGAAUUAAGACUGCAUUGUAUUGUUUGUUGUCUUUGAUCAAUUGUUGUCCAUACUCUGGUGAUGUCGCUACCAGGGAUCGUGCUUACGAGUGUUCUUCAGGACUAAUUUACAUUACAUUUUAUCGAGCUAUUUAUUCUUUAAAAUAAAUCGUGCUAAGAACUCUUUGAUAAUUUGUGGUACUUAUUCGGUAUAUUCCGAAAUUAGUAAAAUUAUAUUUAAACUAGCCAUCAUCCAUCAAAGAACUUGCUAUAUAUAUAUUAAUGCUUCAUAUAAUUAUUUAGUGGUGAUUCCGUCUAAGAAUUUCUACACGAAAGUUAGUGUGAAUUUCUCGAGAGUGUCAUGUGUUACUUUGGAAAAGUUGUGUUCUAGAUAAACUCGAAAUAAUGAAGAGACCGUUAGGCAUUUGGAUACUUUUAUCAGCAGGUGUUUUAUGGUUAAGCACUCAAGAUGUGCAUGGUAUACGGGCGACAUCGUUGAUCCUUGCAAAAACAUCCACUGCUACCACUACAAGUACAGCAGCAACAACUUUAUCGGAAGAGAUAGAUUCUACAGAAGCUAUUGAUGGUGCUACGAAUUCGACAAAACCAGCUCUAACUGGAAUACCACAGAUAGAUUAUAUAUAUGAUCCCAAUCUACCGAAAGAACUGAACGGUUAUAAUCUAUCUGAUUAUCCUUUUUACGAAAGAGUUCCAGAAAAUAUCACUUUUAAGUGCGAUGGUUUACACGAUGGAUUUUACGCUAGUGUUCCGCAUAAAUGCCAGGUUUAUCAUCAUUGUCUUUUUGGAACGAGAUUCGAUUUUUUAUGUGCCAACUAUACGGCAUUUGAUCAGAAGACAUUUAUUUGCCAUUUUGCGUCAGAGGUCGACUGCAACAAUUCAAAAAAGUUUUGGCACAGGAAUGAUGCACUGUACCAAGCAGCAACGACAACUACAAGUAAACCUUUGGUAAUUGCCACCACUUCACCUCCCCCAACUGUAUUAUCAACUGCUAUACCUUCGGGUCCAGGAAUUGGACAAUGGAGAGGAGGUGGACGACCUUAUCGAAGAAGACGUCCAUACUAUGAAUACUACGAAGAUUAUUAUGACGAUUUUUAUUACGACGACAGACCGAGAUCUCGAGGGAGAAAAAGACCAAAACCUCGACCUAGACCUUUAUACGAAGAUGAUUAUGAAGAUGAAUAUGAAGACGAAUUAUAUGAAAGAAGAGGGGGUGGAGGACGAAGAAAUGAAAAUAGAAGACCGUAUUCUAGAAGACCUAAUGCCAAUAGAGGACGAAAUAAAGAUAGACCCAGAUAUAAUUAUGAUGAUGAAUAUGAUGAAUAUUAUGAAUUUGAGGAUAACGAAGACAUUAACAGUAGACGUAGAAAACCAACUAAUAAAAAUAAAAAAUCUAGUUCCCGUAAACGACCAGCAGAAAAUGGUAAUGAAGACGAGGAUCCCAAGCGUCAGAAAUCAGAAACACAAACAGUUAUAAAACCAAUCAGCGGUACAAUUUACGAUAGACCUCGUAUAGCACCGAAAAUCAAGCUUCCUGUACCAAAAAAUGAAGCGAAUAAAUACGCUUACAAACCAGUAACGACAACAGGAGUAGUUCAUAAAAUUGAAGAUGAUUACGAUAGUUACGAAGACAACAUAAAAUCAAAUAACAAAAUGGAACAAAAGCAAAAAUUUUCAGAUAAUAAACCUAGAGGACUAAAUAUAAAGGAUGAUGAGAAAGUAUCGGACGAUUAUUAUUAUUACGAUUAUUACGAUGAGGAUUCAACAAGCAAGGAAAAAGAUACCGCACAGAAAGAGUCAUAUUUAUCCACUAAAAAAGAAAAUGAAAAACAUAAGAACGAAGAUAACACAACAUCUUCUACUACUACAUCUACAACCACAACUACUACCACACAAACUCCACUUGUAAAUGAUGAAUCUGAAUUAGAAGAGCCCGUAAUAAUAAGAUUAGUCAAAAGACCUUUCGUACCGAAUAGAGGAGGAAACCAAAACGCUGUUAAAAGUAAUCGACCAGCGGGCUCUCGAGCUAUAACACAAUUUCUAGAAUCAAGUACACAGUUAGAUGUAGUUACGGAUACCGAAUAUGAAAAAGAUUUUAAGCCUAUGAUAACAACGAAAGCACCUGAAAAGAAACAUUAUGUAAUUGAAAAUUAUAUGUACAAAGAUAAUACGGAUGUAAGAACGCACCAACCUGCUAAACCAUCAUAUAAAAAUCCUUUUGAUAUUAACGUUGAAGAUUAUGAUGUUACACUUAACGAUGCUCUUAAUCCUACAUUACCAAAUCUUCCAGUUCGUAGUUAUCCAACAGGAUUUGGAGUUUCUAACGAUUAUUCUUACAAUAAUUACCAAAAAAGUAACAAAUUUUCGCCCGAGCAAACGGCUUCUACUGCAACUACCAACUAUUUACUUAAAACUAGGCCUCUAAGAUAUGAAAAUAGACAAGUAUCGUUAGAGGAGAGAGUUAGAGAACCACCAGUACAAACGGCAGCAAAUUUUAGAGGCUUUUACAGUGUCGUAGACGACUAUAGACCUAAACAAAGUCAAAAUACUUACAGUUAUUAUACACGAUAUUGAACGAUGCUCAAAAGUCAUGCGGAAAUCAAUUUAAUUUAUAAUUAUUAAUAGUUAGGGAGAUUUAUUGUUUAGUGAACAUCGAAAUCAUCCCAUGACUUUUAGGUUGGUUUAGUACAGAGAAUUAUUGAGAAAAGCUGGAAGUGUAUGAAAGUAAUUGCUUAUUUCAUCUUUCAAAUUUGUGAAAUUAGAAAGUCUGUAACAUCUUUGUUAUCAUAGUUUUAUUUUCGAUUGAAUGAAUGCUUUUAUUUUUCGUGUAGUUUAAUCUAUAGUGUGAUGCUAGACGAAUGGCACUUUUUCCAAUUCCAAGUGCGCUUUAGAGUGAUAACUAAACACUAUAGAGAGCAAAAUUCAAUUGCUAAUACCAAACUGAAAAAAAGUAUAACUUGAUUAGUUGCAUCAACGAUAGUUAUCCUCAAAUAUAUAGAGUCAAAAAGUAUUUAUUUUUAUUAAAUAAAAAACCAUAUCUUUAGUUUUCGCCCUUAUUCGAUAAGUUCUCUAGUUUCAUUGGUGUAGAAUUUCAAUAGUUUGGUAGCAAAUACUUUGAAUAUGAUUUCUCCUCUAUUUCAAUUUUUUCCAUCAAAAUAUUUGGAAAACAACGAAAGAAAUUAUACUCAGACCCUGAGAGUUAGAAAGAAGGAGAACGACCUGUGUAGGAAAUAAUGUCCCAGAAAUAUUGAAAAAAUAAGUGGGGCGAGUUGACUCAAUGAAAGCGGGCUGUUGAGAGCCAAUUUGAACUGAUCUAUCAACGUUUAAUAUAAGUGAGAUUAGUUCGCAUAUAAAAAUGAAUCACGAUUUGUACAAAUCUUCAGGGGUAGGCGGGCUAAUGCUUUAGCACGGAGCAAUCGUUCUCCUUCUCUUUAACAAUAAUAAUUGUUUAUUCUCUUUCUUUGGACAAUAUUAUAUUUACUUAUAUUAAACGUUGAUAGUUCAUUUGAAUUUGGCGCACAACAGCUCUUAUUGAGACAAUUCAUUUAUUUUAUCCAUAUUUCUGGGACACUAUUUCCUACAACGAUAGUUCUUCCGUCUUACCACCAUGGUGGUUGCAUUCAAACAUCUCAACCCUAACCAAGUACAGGCGAUUUUUGGUGAGUUAUGUGUAGGGUCUGACAUUGACCAAGUAUAGGCAAUUUUUGGUGAGUUAUGUGUAGGGUCUGACAUUGGUUGCAUUCAGCGGACGUAGCGCUACUGGUGCUUUUUUGUUCUCUGUCAAUUGUUAAUUUCUGGCAUGUGUAAUUUAAUAUAGAGGCUAUUUUAUUUGCUUUUAUUAAACUUAACAAGUGUUAGAUUAUAAAGUGGUAGUAUUUUGUAUAGUUUCUUUUAAAGAAUUAUGAGGUGUAUCCAUCAAGUACCAACUUUUUUAUAUAUAGAAAUGGAAAUUUAAAAUUUAAAUCAAAAUGAUAGAGAAUAAUUGAUGGAGCUCCUAUUCAUUUUCCUCAUCUUCAUAAAUGAAAAGUUUUCAACUCAACGGUUUAAUAAUAGAACACAGUUUAUUUCAUAAAUUUUUGGGCCGUCUUUGUCUCAGUUUUCGUCCCCUUUUCACUUACGCUACCUAGCACAAAUCAAAAUCGCUCCUUAGCAUGGUGUCUACUCCCGAACGUGUUGAAUUUCUAGCAUAUAUGCUGCUAGCUGUUCUAUUGACCAACGUCAGGCGUUUUUUUGAAAGUCCUACAAUUCAGUUAAUUGUAAUACUGAAUCGACCGUCUCACCACCUUACCACAUUCUAUUUCCAUCGCCAUUCAUUAGUCUCUUGACGAAUGCGUUCAAUUCAUUGCAUUUUAGGAAAGUACCACACAUUUUGAUAUCCGUCCGACACCUAAAUAUGUAUGUAUCCUCCUUUUUUCAAUAAUUCUAAACUUACAUCAAUUUUAUCUGCUUCCAUUGUGAUAGACCGGUCACAGCGAGGCAAAUCUUUCAUAACCAAAUUUACACCACGGAAAUUUUAAAUUCACGUUCCGAUUUGUAAUCAAGACUACUAGUUGGAUAGUCGAAUCCACUGAUGCUCAAACUUGCUAUUUUACUAGCGAUCCAACUUCAGUCAUAGUUUGUAUUGACGAUUAUGUACAAGUCGAAAAAUGUAAAGACAAGAAA